AAGUUAUGAAGUCGGUCAUCCUCGCGCUCUGUGCCUCCGCGGCUUCGGCCUUUGUUGCGCCCUGCGUGGCGCCGGCGACCGUCGCCUGCCAGGCGAACAUCGAUGGCCUCGAGGGCGCGUCGAACCCGAUCCCCCAGGGCUGGGACCCGAUGGGCCUCGCGGAGCUCGGCACGCCGGCGACGCUCGCGUGGUUCCGCGCCGCGGAGCUCAAGCACUCGCGCGUGGCCAUGGCGGCGACCGUCGGCUGGAUCAUCAACGAGGCGGGCGUCGUCUUCCCCGGCGACAUCGCCACGGGCGUGCCCUUCGCGUCGCUCGGCAAGGGCGUCACCGCGUGGGCGAACGUGCCCGAUGCGGGCAAGCUCCAGAUGCUCCUCGCCAUCGGCGCCAUCGAGACGGCGAGCGAGUUCCAGAAGCCGCACUACAUGUCCGGCGGCCGCCUCGGCUCCAUCCCGGGCCCCUUCGGCCUCCGCCUCUGGGACCCCAUCGGCUCCAUGUCGGCCAUGGACGAGUCCACCAAGGCGACGAAGCGCCAGAUGGAGCUCAACAACGGCCGCCUCGCCAUGAUCGGCGUCGCGUCGUUCAUCUCGGCGUCCUACAUCGACGGCUCCGUGCCGGCGCUGCCCUCGGGCUGGUAGGCCGCCCCGGCGACCGCCCUUCAUCGACCACGACUUCCCCAGCGGCCGCGCGGCGGUGCCCGCCGGCGGCGCCGGCCGCCGGUUUUGCGCAGAGCCCGCGCGCGACCGCGACACAAUCUCUAGAGGAGCCGCCCCACCGCCCCCUGUCUAAUGACCGGUUCUUCGCC